CAACACUACUAUAUAACAAAUAAUUUGAGGUAAUAGAAAAGUUCUUGAAGUAGGGUCGUAGGGAGAUGCCCCUGGCCCUUUUUAGGUCAGAAAAGACACCUCAGCAACUUGUGCAAAAUUUGAAGUCGGUUCUUACGCAGCUUGUAAAAGAGCAUGAGCAAGGUGAACAGGCUAAUGCAAAGAAGCUUGAGAAGAUAAACGAUGACGUCACAAAGUACCUGUUGAACACGAAACAUGCUCUCAUGGGGACCCCCGGGCAAGAGCCACAGUUGGAGAUGAUAGUGCAGUUAUCAGAUGAGAUCCACAAGAAUGAUAUCAUACUUCUUCUCAUCAGAUGCCUCCGAUUUAUUGACUUUGAGGGUAAGAAAUACACCAGUCAGAUAUUGAGUAACCUGCUGAAGAGGCAAAUAGGGACCCGAUACCCGACUGUUGAGUACAUCUUGUCCCAGAAAAAGACUGAAAACGAGUCAAGCUUUAACGACAUAUUAGAUGAACUUAUUCAAGGGUACGAUCACCAAGAAAUUGCUCUACAUUCCGGGCUGGUGCUCAGAGAAUGUACGAAACACGAUUCCAUUGCCUCCAUAGUUCUCUCCGAUCAGAAAUUCUUUGAUUUCUUUGUUUACGUUGAAGUCUCUACGUUUGACAUCGCCUCUGAUGCUUUUGUCACAUUUAAGGAUUUGCUAACUGUACAUAAGAACUCGGCAGCUCAGUUUCUAGAAAAGAAUUAUGAUAGAUUUUUCACUGAUUACAAGAAACUGUUAAAGUCAGAGAACUACGUUACGCGUAGACAGUCUCUAAAGUUACUGGGUGAAUUGUUACUCGAUCGGCACAACUAUUUGACGAUGGACAGAUAUAUUGGAAGUGCUGAUAAUCUCAAGCUAAUGAUGACUAUGUUGGCGGAUGGCAGCCGAAGUAUUGCCUAUGAAGCCUUUCACGUUUUUAAAAUCUUCGUCGCGAACCCCAACAAGAAAAAGGAGGUUCUAGACAUUCUUCUUAAAAAUAAAGAAAGACUUAUUGACUUCCUAUCUAAAUUCCAAAGCGAUAGGAAAGAAGAAGAGCAAUUUCACGAAGAGCGGGAGUACCUUAUCAAACAAGUGAAAUCCUUACAGCGGCCCGUGGAACCGAGCCCUGCGGCUGCAAACGCCCCGGAACAAUAGUCCAUUUGUACAUAAUUAGAUAUAUUAUAUAGUGCUUGAUUUGCUCUUACCACCCUUUUAAAUGUGUUUUGGAAGAUCGUUUGUAUAUCAAUAGCAAGGAUCACCAAUAUUGGAUCAUGCAGUUUUUUCAAUGAAAUCUUAAGCGUUGAGGUACUGAAGAUUAUCACCUCUUUCAAUUAGGCUUGAUCGCCACACACAUUCUUUAUUAUGUUAGUUAAUAAACUAAGUUACAAAAGGUUGAGCCUCUAAAAGUCUAAAGUGGUGUAACACCAUUUUUGCUUAACAAUAGUGAAUAGUUCCAAUAUCCAACGUAAUUGGGAAACUCGAAACGAGUCAAUCAAACGCACGAAUUUCAGUCGCAAAUGGUUCACCUUUAAUAAUAGGCAUCAUAAAUUAUGAUGACCAUUGCUGUCGUCUGUUUACCAAUCUAAAUAAUGAAACUUGCCAUUUUUCAUCCCUUUUAAAAUUUCUAUUAAGCUGGUUCAUGCUGACCGAAAUGCGGUACGAUUAAAACUUUGAUUAUGUUCAUAUCAAUCAAGAAGACCAAUUUUCGCACCUUUUUGAAGUAAAGUAUGUUUUGGAAUUUUUUAGUUGUGAAUACGUUGCAUAGCACUAUACUGGGAUGCAAACUGUGGCUCUUGCUAACGCCAAUCCGAUCAUGGACUGGAAUUUUAUUAACGACUAUCUUGAUCUUAGGGUGUGCUGGAAUUAUUGUUGGUCGGAAUGUUAAAUUCGAAGAUUGGGUAUUUAAAGAAUUGGGGUCCAUGAAGUUCACAUGCCAGUCGUGUGUUAGGUUUUGUCAGAUUGGGGUUGAUCGUUAAAACGGGGACGUUAUGUUAGUUCUACAGUUUAUAUCUGCCAUGUAAAAUUAUUUUAUGCUUAAUAUUUUUGGUUCAUCUAAAUUCACUGCGUUA